AUGUCGGACACAUCGACUACUUCCGCGAAUGGCGGGUCCUCGGCGGCUGAGAGGAGGGAGUCCAACUCGAGCAAGCCGCCGACGGUAGCCGCCUUUUCGCCCACCUCGCACUCGUUCCCUUCGACUCGACAGCGCUCGACUAUUCUCGUGCACCAAAAGUCACCACUAUUACUCGCAACACCUCCGCAGGUCACGAGAGCCUUGGCAUAUUCACAUCCCUUCAUUGUUCCGCUGAACAAGCUCGUCGGUCUGCUGUCAUGGACGACGGGUGAUGCUUGGGAGAGCUUCCUGUUUGUCGCCGCCUUCUGGUUCACCGUGCUGUAUGGCGGCUACAUACUCCGUUACACCGGACCCCUGAUCCUGGUUACCCUCUUGAUAGUGGGCAUGUAUCUGCGAAGGUACUCCCCACUGUCAUCAACAGGCUGGACUGGAGAGAAAAAGAAGGGACACAAGCGGGACCACUCGGAUGGCAUCAAGCAUCGCAAAUCGCUGGACGAGAUCCUGUCGACCCUCCAGACAUUCACAACGAGAUGCAACAUCCUGCUCGACCCGCUGCUGCGCUUGACAGACUUCUUGUCUACACAACAAACAGCCACCUCGGCCACGACACAACCCGCCCUUACCACCUUGUUCAUUCGCAUCAUGCUCACCUCUCCUCUUUGGUGGGCCCUUACCCUCCCCCCGCUUCGUAUCAUCACCACAAAACGAACUGUUCUGGUCUUCGGCACCAUUCUCAUGUCGUGGCACUCACGACCAGCACGCAUCAGUCGCACCAUCCUCUGGCGCUCAAAGACUGUUCGCGACAUUUGUACCAUAAUCACCGGCCUCGAUCUCGGAGUGCCAUCUGCAUACGCGCCUCCACUACCACCACGUCCAGGAACGAAAGGUGCUGUGAACGUAAAUGCGAAACCCAAUGAUACAGGCGAGGGCAUUCGCUUUACCUUUACUCUACAUGAGAACCAACGGCGAUGGCUAGGCAUAGGUUGGACAGCGAGUAUGCUAGCCUACGAACGCAAUUCAUGGACUGACGAACACCUAAAUCCAACUGCUGAUCCUACACACUUCGAGUUGCCAGAGGUUGAUGGUGGUAUGGCAAAAUGGCAAUGGGCAGAUGACAGCGAGUGGCACGUUGAACUUCCUUCGUCCAAAAAGAACAAAUCCAAAGAUGCAGCACUCGACGAUGACGACGCAUGGAUAUACUAUGACAACAAGUGGAGAGACGGAAGAAGAGGUCAAGAUGGCUGGGGUCGCUAUACUCGUCGCAGAAAAUGGUUGCGUGAUGCCGAGCUCGUGGAUGUGGUCCCUGAAGAAGAGAAGCCCACUCUAGCUGCAGCAACGGAGAAGAAGAAGCCGCCACCGACACCACCACGCCCGACACCUUCGCGCAACCACAGUAACCUUACCCAAGCACUCAAAAACGCGCCGCAACAUGCACCAACACCGUCGAUGACUACUGCAUCCACCAUUACUACAGGCAGUGACGUAGGCAGUCCUUCCAGCAGCUACAAGCGAAAGUCAUGGCUUCCAGGCUCAAGCGCAGGCAGUAGGAACAGAGCCACCAGCAGUGCAUCUGGAAGCACCGAAGGAAAGAUGAGCAGGGCAGCACUGGGUACCGAUGAUGUGGUGCCUCCGGUUGCGAGACUGAAGAACGACGAAGCAGAUUGGGGGCUGGGUGAUGAUGUUAGCAUGGGUCUGGGUUGA